AGCAUUCACUUCUACACCACAAACACAAAACAAACAUCUAAGAGGAAGAUCAAAAUGGCGAGCAAGAAGGCAGCGGCUAUGGCUACAACGGUGAUGAUAAUGGUUAUGUUAGUCGAUAUGUCAGUAGCGAUUGACCUCUGUGGCAUGACACAAGACGAGUUGAAUGAGUGUAAACCAGCUGUGAACAAAGAGAACCCAACGACCCCGACACAGCCUUGCUGUACAGCUUUACAACACGCUGAUUUCGCUUGUCUUUGUGGCUACAAAAACUCACCAUGGCUCGGUUCUUUCGGUGUAGAUCCUGAACUCGCUUCUGGUCUCCCUAAAGUCUGUGGCGUACCCAACGCACCAACUUGUUCAUAAAUAAGCUUUGUCUGUGUCAGUGACUCAAUUUGCGUGUCUGUUUUUUUUUUCUUUUUCUAUAUAAUAAGAUCGUACUUUCUGCCAAAUGGCGUAGUAUGGGUAAAAACCACCAAAACUAGUCAAAAGAUUUAUAAAGGACCAAUUGAAAA